UCUCAGUCCAUCCCAAACUCUGCCCUCCUACUUAGUCUGCCUGCUUUACCAUUAAUCCCUGUAUCAUUCAGGAGUUAACGAGGGGAUGCUGCGCAGGUAUGCAACGAUAGCUACGAAGCCGCCUUCCCGGCUGCAAGCGCGGGGGAAGAAACCUCUAGGACUCGAUCGUUUCAUAGAAAGACAGAAAGUGAUAUCGUUGUGGCGAGACAUUGUUCGCAGUACCAACAACAUACCGGACGCAAGUACCAGGGCCGACAUGAGACAGUUCGCCAGAGUGGAAUUCGAGCAGCAUCGUCACGUCGAUGACCUGGGUCAUAUUCGUUAUUUGCUCUCAACCGGCAAAACACAGUACCAGACUAUGAAAGGCACGCUCAUCAACUCUGGGGUUCUGACUGAAUGAAAUGGAUGUUCAUUGGAGCCUGUACCUGACACUAUGAGUCUCACAAGAUCUGUCUGCA